UUUACAAAGUCACCGGUUAAUAAAAACGGAAGUUGAUAGUGUGAGCCGAAGAAAUUUCCAGAAAAAACGUGAUUUUCUCUUUCUUAAUAUAGCAAUGGAAGAAAUGCUUCAGUGUUAUAAUAAGGGAUGUGGAUCGAAGUAUGAUCCAUCGAAAAAUGAAUCUGGUUCUUGCCAUUAUCAUCCUGGUGUACCUGUGUUCCAUGAUGCAUUAAAGGGUUGGUCUUGCUGUAAGAAAAGAAGUACAGAUUUUACAGAAUUUCUCAACUUUCCUGGUUGUACAUCUGGUCAGCACAGCAAUGAGAAACCUAAGGAGCCAGAAAAACCUAAACCAGCUGUAGAUAUACCAGAUACACCUGUAGAGGUAGAAGAAAAGCCUAAGCCUGAAAUGAUGAAACAGAAAUUUGAAGAAAGUGAGCGACCCUCUGAAGAUGAACCAUUACAAAGGUUAAAGGUCACAGUAACACCUUCAUUACAGAAAGCAACUGGAUAAAUGCCUG